AUGACGGGGAUACAGACACAGUACAAGAGAAAGGGGCAUCAACUGCAGAGAGCCGUCGAUAGCGUUCUCGACAAGAACCCUAGACUCCGCCGCGAGUACCAACGACCAUCACCCGAAACAGAUAGGUUAUUCAAAGCUAAAGUGUUACACGGCCUAGGAGACUGUGAAAAGCUAGAAGGCACGAAUCAACGCUUAGACCGACUACACAAUGAACAGACUCGGUAUCACGGUGAACAGAAGUACAGAGCCUUGACAGAUCGGCAACACCGUUGUCUCCAAAUCUUUAAGACAUCAACCUACGAGGAGCAAAAAAACAUCAAUCCGAGAAAAGUGGAGGGAACCUGCCUAUGGGCUCUCCAGAGCGCUGAAUAUAUCCGCUGGUCGGAGAGCAGCUGUAAUAACCUUCUAUGGGUAUCUGCCGACCCAGGCUGCGGGAAGUCUGUGCUGUCACGAUCGAUAAUCGAUGACUUCUCGGAAGCUUCCGAUCCGGAGAGGGCGAUCUGUUACUUUUUUUUUAAAGACAACGAUGAACAGAAUCAUCUUGCGGCGGCAUUGUGCUCAGUACUCCAUCAGCUCUUCAGCCAGCGGCCUCAUCUAUUACACCAUGCCAUACGGCCCUGGGAAGAGAACGGGGAGGAACUCCGACGGGAGGUUGAUGAACUUUGGCGAAUCUUCACAACGGCCGCAUUAUCCGACACGUCAUGCAAAACAAUUUGUAUAUUUGAUGCGCUUGAUGAAUGUCGUGACGUCGACCAGGGUCGACUGAUCGAUAAACUUCAGUCUUUUCACCACUCUCGCCAUCCGCUGCAACAGGAUACCUGGCUGAAAUUUCUGGUCACCAGUCGCCCAUAUGAUCAUAUCCAGAAUUGGUUCCGAGUGAUUACAGACUCCUUUCCACAUCUACAUCUGAAAGGAGAGGAAGAAAAUGAUCAAAUCCACAACGAGAUUGACCUUGUCGUGAAGUUGAGAGUCAGAGAGCUAGCCGAAACAGCGGAGUUAUCACGAAAUAUAGAGCAGCGACUUGAGCAAAAGCUGUUGCAAAUGGAACACCGGACAUACCUGUGGUUACAUUUAGCCAUUGAUGAUAUUCGGUUAACAUUCGAGAAUAGCUUUCGUCCUGCUGAGGAAUCCAUCCCACUGAUACCGCCCUCAGUGAAUCACGCGUACGAAAAAAUCCUCAGACGAGUGCCUUCUGACCAAGUCCAUACUGUGAAGAAAGUCCUACAGAUUAUUGUAGCAGCGCGACGCCCCCUGACAACAACUGAAAUGGCCAUGGCGCUGGGUAUAGCUCUCUACCCAGAAUCACAGACUACAGCAGAAGCUAUGCUGGAGUCAUCAAAAAUAGACAAGAAGCUCCGUCGCUUAUGUGGGCUAUUUGUUUUCAUAAACAACACCAAAAUCUACCUUAUUCAUCAGACCGCAAGAGAGUUUCUUGUUGCUAAGGCCAGUAUGAAUAGUGUCGAUCACCUAUAUUCGUGGCGCCUCAUUGAUACCGAGGAUCAAAUGGCGUCCAUUUGCUUGCAAUACCUUCUAAUGGAGGACUUGGAUAGUGGUAAAUUGAGCUCUAAUGCUCUAAGCUUCCUAGAGUACUCAGCAGCUCAUUGGCCCGAUCAUGUACGGAAGAUGAGUUCAACUUCAAGCCGAGAAGUUAAUGAUCGAUUAAAUCGGAUAUAUUGCCUAAGUGGGAAACAGUUUUUGCUAUGGUUCCCUGUCUUCUGGAAGGAGGUAAUGCCAGACGACGUGACGACACCAUCGAUGAAGGCACUGCAUCUGGCCGCAUUUAAUGGCCAUGUUCGUGAGGUCUAUCAUCUGCUCAAUAUCUCUAAAGAUGAUAUCAAUACGGCAGACGAUACAAGCACAUACCCGAUCAUAUGGGCAUCAUGCUAUGGACAUACUGAGGUUGUUCAGAUGCUGCUGGAUUACGGAGCCGAUGUCAACGCCCGGGGUGGAUUUUUUGGGAACGCUCUCUGUUCUGCCUGUGAUCAAGGGCACGACGAGAUCGUGCAGAUGCUGCUGGAUUACGGAGCCGACGUCAAUGCCCAGAGUGGAUUGUACGUAAACGCUCUCCGUUCUGCCUGUGGUCGAGGACACGGCAAGAUCGUGGAGAUGCUGCUGAAUUGCGGAGCCGAUGUCAACGCCGAGGACGGACGCGCCCUCGCGGAUGCCUGUGAAAGAGGACACGACCGAGUCGUACAGAUGCUGAUGGACCACGGAGCCGAUGUCAAUGCACAUGGUGGAUACCACGGAAAUGCCCUCCAGGCCGCCUGUGAUAGAGGACAUGAUGAGAUUGUGCAAAUGCUGCUGGAUCACGGAGCCGAUGUCAAUGCACAUGGUGGAUACCACGGAAAUGCCCUCCAGGCCGCCUGUGAUAGAGGACAUGAUGAGAUUGUGCAAAUGCUGCUGGAUCACGGAGCCGAUGUCAACGCCCAGAGUGGAAAAUACGGAAACGUCCUCCAUACUGCCUGUAAUCGAGGAUACAACAACAUCGUGCAGAUGCUCCUAGCCCGCGGGGCCGAUAUCAACGUCCAGGACGAAUUCUACGGAAACCCCCUUUACCAUGCCUGCUAUAAUGGACACGACAAGAUCGUUCAAAUGCUACUAGACUGCGGGGCCGAUGUCAAUGCCCAGGGUGGAUACUACGGAAACGCCAUCCGGGCGGCCUGUCGUAGAGGAGACGACAAAAUUGUGCAGAGACUGCUCAAUAACGGAGCCGAUGUCAACGCCCAGGGUGGUUACUAUGAAAACGCCCUCUAUCUUGCCUGUGAUCUAGGACUCGAUAAGAUCGUACAGAUGCUGCUAGACUACGGAGCUAAUGUCAACGCACGGGGUGGUCACUCUGAAAACGCCCUGUAUAUUGCCUGUGCUAGAGGGCAUGGCGGGAUUGUGCAGAUACUGCUAGACUACGGAGCCGAUGUCAACGCUAAGGAUCGCCAUGAAAACGCCCUCCAGGCUGCCUGCUGUGGAGGACACGAUCUGAUUGUCCAGAUGCUACUAGACCGCGGGGCCGAUGUUGAUGCUGAGGGCAGAUAUCACGAAAACGCCCUCCAUGCUGCCUGCUAUGAAGGAAACAACAAGAUCGUACAGAUACUGCUAGACUACGGAGCCGAUGCCAACGCUAAGGAUGGCCAUGGAAAGGCUCUCCAGGCUGCCUGCUGUGGAGGGCACGCUAUGAUUGUCCAGGUGCUGCUAGACCACGGAGCCGAUGUCAAUGCCAAGGGCGGAUACUUCGGAAAUUCCCUCCAGGCCGCCUGUGAAGGAGGACAUGAACGAAUCGUGCAAAUGCUGAUAGACCGCGGAGCCAGUAUCAAUGCUAAGGGUGGUCACUAUGAAAACGCCCUUCAGGCUGCCUGUAAGGGAGGACACGAUCUGAUUGUCCAGAUGCUGCUAGAUCGCGGGGCCGAUAUCAAUGCUAAGGGAGGAUACUACGGAACCGCUUUUCAGGCUGCCUGCAAUGAAGGACACGAAAAGGUUGUGCGGAGACUGCUAGAUCACGGAGCCGAUGUCAACUCCAAGGGUGGUCACUAUGAAAACGCCCUCCAGGCUGCCUGUAAGGGAAGACACGAAAGGAUCGUGCAGAUACUGCUAGAUAGCGGAGCCGAUGUCAAUGCCAAGAGCGGAUACUACGGAAACGCCCUCCAGGCCGCCUGUGAAGGAGGACACGACCGGAUCGUCCAGAUGCUGCUAGACCGUGGGGCCGAUGUCAACGCUAAGGACGGCCAUGAAAACGCUCUCCAGGUUGCCUGCUGUGGAGGGCAUGCUAUGAUUGUCCAGAUGCUUCUAGACCGCGGGGCCGAUAUCAACGUCCAGGAUGAAAUCUACGGAAGCCCCCUUUACCAUGCCUGUAAGGGAGGACACGAACGGAUCGUGCAAAUACUGAUAGACCGCGGGGCCAGUGUCAAUGCUAAGGGUGGUCACUAUGAAAACGCCCUUCAGGCUGCCUGUAAGGGAGGACACGAUCUGAUUGUCCAGAUGCUGCUAGACCGCGAGGCCGAUAUCAAUGCUAAGGGAGGAUACUACGGAACCGCUUUUCAGGCUGCCUGCAAUGAAGGACACGAAAAGGUUGUGCAGAGACUGCUAAACAACGGAGCCGAUAUCAACACUCAGGGCGGUCGAUACGGAUAUGCCCUCCAGGCUGCCUGUGAAGGAGGGCACGACCGGGUUGUGCAGAUACUGCUAGACGGCGGAGCCGAUGUCAAUGCCAAGGGCGGAUACUACGGAUAUGCCCUCCAGGCUGCCUGUGAAGGAGGGCACGACCGGGUUGUGCAGAUACUGCUAGACGGCGGAGCCGAUGUCAAUGCCAAGGGCGGAUACUACGGAUAUGCCCUCCAAGCUGCCUGUGAAGGAGGGCACGACCGGAUCGUCCAGAUGCUGCUAGACCGCGGGGCCAGAGUCAAUGCCAAGGGUGGUCACUACGAGAACGCCCUUCAGGCUGCCUGUCAGGGAGGACACGAUCUGAUUGUCCAGAUGCUGCUAGACCGCGGGGCCGAUAUCAAUGCUAAGGGAGGAUACUACGGAACCGCUUCUCAGGCUGCCUGCAAUGAAGGACACGAAAAGGUUGUGCAGAGACUGCUAAACAACGGAGCCGAUAUCAACACUCAGGGCGGUCGAUACGGAUAUGCCCUCCAGGCUGCCUGUGAAGGAGGGCACGACCGGGUCGUGCAGAUACUGCUAGACGGCGGAGCCGAUGUCAAUGCCAGGGGCGGAUACUACGGAAACGCCCUCCAAGCUGCUUGUGAAAGAGGACACGACUGGAUCGUGCAGUUACUGCUAGACCACGGAGCCGAUGUUAACGCCAAGGGCGGAUACUACGGAAAUGCCCUCCAGGCUGCCUGUGAAGGAGGAGGGCACGACCAGGUCGUGCAGAUGCUGCUAGACCACGGAGCCGAUGUUAACGCCGAGGGCGGAUACUACGGAAAUGCCCUCCAGGCUGCUUGUGAAAGAGGACACGACUGGAUCGUGCAGAUGCUGCUAGACCACGGAGCCGAUGUCGAUGCCAAGGGCGGAUAG